UCAUCAUUCGGAUAUUUUAAAUUCGGGUUAAGUACCCCUCUGAGUUGACCGAUUUUUAGAACACUGGUUGCUUCACAAAAACAGAGAAAGAAACUCAUCUGUUAACAUUUCUGAAGUGCUUUUCUUGCUGAAGCAGUGUUAUGGGGAAUUCUCUGACAUGUUUUGCUCCGAAGGACCUGACAGAGAAGGGCUCGAAGGGCUCGAGAUGGUCUCAGAGUCCUUUAAAGUUUAUAGGCUCAAGUGUUCAUAAGAAAGAUACUACACCUAGACCAUCUUCAUCAUCAGCUGCUGCAGUGAGAAAAGAGGUCAUUGAUGAUGAUCUUCUUAGACAACAGGCUGUUGCCGCGGUUUUGCUUCUUAAGCAGCAUCAGCAACAGAAUGGUUCUUCUGUGCCUCAAUUUGAUCGGUCUAGCUCUGUUCAUUAUCCUUUAUCAUCUUCAAAGAAACAGAACAAGUUGCCAAGAAGUUCGAGUUCAAGGCCAAGUUUAGCUUUGGAUCUUAGUCAUGCUCAGCUUCCUAAAAACCAGGUUGAUUCGACGACUGAAGUUCUUGAAACCAAGCAUUUUGUUCUGGUUCAUGGAGGCGGAUUUGGGGCUUGGUGCUGGUAUAAGACUAUGGCACUUCUGAGAGAAGCUGGAUUUGACGUCGAUGCUGUUGAUUUGACAGGCUCUGGAAUAGAUUCCACAGACUCAAACAGCAUUACAAGUUUUGCUCAAUAUGUGAAGCCUCUAGUUGAUUUCAUUGAUAAUCUCAGUGAAGGCCAAAAGGUAAUAUUGGUUGGACAUGAUUUUGGCGGAGCCUGUGUCUCGUAUGUGAUGGAAAUGUUUCCUUUAAAGGUCUCGAAAGCCAUUUAUAUUGCUGCAGCUAUGCUAACUACUGGGAAAAGUACCCUUGCUACUUACCAAGAACAGCCCUCUAGCGAUGUAAUGCAACAAGCUCGGAAGUUCAUAUAUGCUAAUGGGAAGGAUCAUCCUCCAACUUCAAUUUCCCUGGACAAAACAUUACUGACAGACUUGUUAUAUAAUCAAAGUCCUUCUAAGGAUGCUAUAUUAGCAUCAAUGUCAAUGAGGCCAAUGCCAUUUGCACCAAUUAUGCAGAAGCUCGCGCUUUCUGAAUCAAACUAUGGUUCCAUUCCGCGGUUUUACAUAAAGACUGAUGAAGAUUUUGCAGUUCCUCCAACUCUGCAGGAAUUCAUGAUCAACUCUAGCCCUCCUGAGAAGGUUUUUCAGAUCAAAGGCUCUGAUCAUUCGCCUUUUCUCUCAAAGCCUCAGGCUCUUCAUAGGAUCUUAGUAGAAAUAGCAAAGCUUCCAUCCAAGGCAAAUGUGUCCCAAUAACAUUGAUCAAUAGUCAUUUUUUUUAUUCAUGAAAAUGUGAGUGUAUAGUUUGAUCAUUAAUCCUCUCCUUGUUCUUGUAAAAUUCACUAGAAUUUUUAAUAGUAUUACAAUGUCUUAUAAAUAUUC